AUGGAUACUGUCGACACUUUGCCCAUGGUGGAGGAUGUCGCUUUGCCUGGCCCUUUCGUCCCCAGUGAAAAUGCUGAGGACAUGGUGUCAGCACUGCCACAGUCUGCGACAGAGAGUGGAAAAGUUGAAGUCGAGGUUGAAGUGAGCAACGGGGAAGUCCAGUUUUUGGACCCACAGGGAAAAAACGAAGUUGAGGUGAGCAAUGGGGAAGCCCAAGGUCAUCCAAAGCAAAGUACGGAGGUUGAGGUGAACAAAGACAAGACAAAGUCUUUGGAGACUAGUCAUGUGAACACAGAAGCAAAGAAUGAACAACUGGAGAAUCUCUUGCAGCCUGGUCAUGCUUCUGAGCCAUGCGGCUCCAGUCCCUCAAGCGAACCACCCGCACCUGCAACGUUGGAGUUGGACCCACAGACCUCCCAGCCAGACAAGUCGCCAGCCAAGACGCCACCAAAUCAAACCAGCCAUGAGGGCAAAGUUGAAAACUCUCACGUGCUCCCACCAGGUGAGCAUGCUGAUGGAAAGGCAACCACUCCUACUGCCACCCCCAACGCGCCAGCAGGGGACACAAGCAAUGCAGGCAAGAAGCGUAAGGCAAAGAAGGCGGAGGGGAAUGAGGAGGAUGUACCAGCAGAGACCACAAGCGAUGCAGGCAAAAAGCGUAAGGCAAAUAAGGAGGAGGGGAAUGAGGAGGGUGUGCCACCAGAGGCCACAAGCAAUGCAGGCAAAAAGCGUAAGGCAAAGAAGGAGGAUGGGAAUGGGGUGGGUGUGCCACCAGAGGCCACAAGCAAUGCAGGCAAAAAGCGUAAGGCAAAGAAGGAGGAUGGGAAUGGGGUGGGUGUGCCACCAGAGGCCACAAGCAAUGCAGGCAAGGAGCGUAAGGCAAAGAAGAAGGAUGGGAACGAGGAGGGUGUGCCAGCAGGGGACACAAGCAAUGCAGGCAAAAAGCGUAAGGCAAAGAAGGAAGAUGGGAGGGAGGAGGGUGCGCCAGCAGAGGCCACAAGCAAUCCAGGCAAGAAGGGUAAGGCAAAGAAGGAGGAUGAAGGCCAGGAACAGGUUUCGAAGAAGAGACUUAGAAAGGUAGACCAGGACCCACGCGAAGCUUUGCGUAGCAAAAAAUGCAGUGCGUACUCGAAGGUGCUCUAUGCUUUGCGUAAGCAGGGUGUUCCAGAGGAGGAUGCAAAAAAGCAGGCUUCGCUGGCACCUCUUUUGCAGUAUUCCUCUUUCUUCAAGGGCCCCCAUAUGACUGCAAAAAAAUACCACCACCCUCUCCUGUUUUUUUUUCGCAUUGUUAUUUUUCAGUUACCGGGAUCUUUUGGCUUCAGUUCAAUUUUGACAUGUUUUGACAUGAUGUGUAUGUUGGUGUGUUUGCCUGUUUCUAGAACAUGCUGUAUACUGUUUCUAGAACAUGCUGUAUAUAUGAGACGUGUGUUGGGGGCUAAGGCAUAUGCUGCCGUGACGGCAUGA